AUGAUUCAUGAUUCUCUCACAACUCGCUCGACGCUUCGAACUUUGAAUGAUGUUGCUCCAAGAGUGAUCAACGAUAUUCUCUACCAACAUCCGAAAUGGAUAUCUAAUUAUCAACUUGUGGAAUUCAACAAUACUGAUCACAUGCUUCUAGUUGAUAGUCCCAGCGGCCAGGAUUUGGUGACUGGGAUUUCGACGUUUUAUAAUCAAAACCGUAAUCACACUGGAUAUUCUUGUCUGGGUCUCAAUUUUUAUUCAACGCUUCUCGAUACCAUUUCUCAUGACAACAUCCAAUGGGGUGGCAUAAUCUACGUAUUCCUUUACGGUCAACCUGCACAAGAUUUAGAUUCUUAUGAAAAAAUUCUACAAAGAAUAGAAAUCAACAAAAUCCAGAUCAACAUUGUUCAGUCAAGUUUGAAUCCAUGCGGACAAGAUAUAGCAAUUGAUGGACUUUUGUCGUUGACUCAGUUUUCUGGAGGGUCUUUUAUCACAGCUACAACUCCGAAAGCUGGAAACGUGUUCAGCCAAAUUCCCACUCAUUACAUGUCAAAUUUGGUGUAUGAAAAUAUGGCGGAAGACUGCAAUGACACCACUUUCUAUGUGCCUAUUGAUGUAGGGACACAGUCAUUCACAGCUUUAACACAAGGUUUGAUGACAGCAGAUCCACAAUACAUCCCACCAACGGACUCUCUUUCCACAGUUACUAAUGUGUUCAACGAUCUCGGAACCAACGCUAGAAUUGAUCAUAUUGUAAGAGUUUGUGAUGAUGGUUGGACAGUCGAUGGUAGUCAUUGUUUCAAAUUUUCAUUCGAGGAAAAAUCUUGGUAUGCCGCCCUCGCGGAUUGUCAUGAUGAACAGGCAGUGCUAACGGGAAUAUUCAACAAAGAAGAGCAAGAUGGAUUGAAUGAUAAAACCGACGAGGCACAAUUUUGGAUUGGUCUUAGUGAUUUCUUGACGCCAGGACAGUGGGAGUGGGACACUUUGGAUGCCAAUCUCAAUUUGACCCUUCAGGAUACACAGUACACUAAUUGGAUGGCCGGACAACCUUCGGGAGACGCCAAGAAAAAUUGUGUUUUGGAUUCCAACAAAGGGCUGGCGUCAAGUAGAGGAUGGAUGGCAGAAGACUGUACGAAGAGCCACUACUAUGUCUGUCAGAAACACGCAUACAGCGCGGAUUACACUGCUUCCGAUCCGGAAAUCAAUCACCUCGCACGUGGAAUCUGGAAAAUUCGUGUUCAGGCCAAAGGAUCGUGCAGCAUUUCUGUGAGGUCCCAGUCAACAGUUCAAGUAUCUACCAGAUUCACAACUAACAUUCACGACGAUGUUGGGAAAGAGGAACCGAAUAGAUUCGCUGAUACUAAUCGUCUGAUGGUCUACACCUAUGGAGUCAACAAUCCAUCCGGUGCAGAAUAUGCUCAUUUCUACUAUGACAAUUUUACAAUGCUAGAGGCCCAAACAUUAAACCAACGAGAUAAUUGCAUGUACAAUUUCAUUUCUACGCCAUUCUCAUGUCCCAAUUUCUACUUUCAGAUGUUGAUCACAGGAAUCGAUGACGCCGGAUUCCUCUAUCAAAGAACACCUGCUGCAUGUGUUGGUGGUGUUAAUGAGAAUUCUUGUACCAACGGAGGAGUUUACUAUAAAGGAAAGUGUAUCUGCACACCCAACUUCUAUGGAGAUUCUUGUGAAUACGCUUACUGUCAAAAUGGAGGUUAUUUGUCAGCAGCUCUGAACGAAUGUACUUGUCCAGCCAAUUUUGGUGGCACUUUCUGUCAGAUGCCAAUUUGUGACAGAAAUCAACUAGACGUCCCUGCUAUUGGAGAUGUCCAUCGCACAUUUGUCGUUGUGUUAGAUGGUUCGAACAAUGGCGACAUGAAGUCAGUUAAUGAUAACUUUGAGAAGACACUGAACGGCGUUCUAAGUUCAGUUUUGGCACAAGAUCCUUCUUGGUUUACCACUUUUGUUGGAGUUGUUUUCCGAGACGCCGAAUCCACGAAGGCAAUUCCACCUAUUCCCUCAACUUCUAAAGUCUAUAGUUCCACAAACAUCACAGAGUUCGCAUCAAUGCUAGCUAUUGAAAUCAAAAACAACCAGUACACUGCCCAACAACAAAAACGAGACUUGUUCACCGGAAUACUUCGAUCAAUCAUCAACACUAACGUUGUUCCUGGCUCUAAAGUAUUUGUCAUCACUGCUGGAAAUGCUGAAGAUACGGUUGAUCGUCAGACAGUUAUUUCUGCUCUGGCUUUAUCUCACUCUUCACUACACUUCCUUUUCAUUGGAGAUACGAAGCCACCAGGAGACGCUGUAAGCUACGAUGAUCCCACUGUUUACACAAUGUUUGAAGCUGCUCAUAUCACUGGUGGCGCUUCAUAUCAGCUUUCUUCACCUGACGAUCUUCAGAACACUUGGCUUUCAGUCCUUGCUAGUCUCCAUCAGUCAUAUUAUGUGGUCACUCAUCAAUUCAGCAAUUGUUCCAACUACCAAGACUUUGUUCAAUUAGAUGCCAAUGGAACCGAAAUAAUUAUUGACAUCUUUGCUCAAUCUGCUCCAGAAAUUGCAGUUUAUGAUACAGAUAAUAAGCAAGUAGAUUCGUUCUCGAUUGUCAACUCAAAAACGAAUACUGUAAAAGCAUUCAAGCAACCUGGAGAUCAACCGGGAGUCUGGACAAUUGAUAUAGAUUAUGGAAUGAGCAAUAGUGGACCAUGUACACUCAAUUUACGGUCCCAAUCAAAGCUUGAAGUCGACCUUGGCUUCACACAAGACGUCGGAACAGACGGUGGGUACCAUGACGGAGGAGCUGUUUUGUAUCCCAGAGGAGGGGACUUCAAAAACGCAAUUGUUGCUGACAUUUCAUCUGGAGCCAUUUUGAGUUACGCUCAAAUUUAUGAUUUGGCAGAAACUCGGAUAGCGUGGGCUAGUCCAUUGAUAAAGAGAGAUGGAUGUGCCUAUCCAUAUGUGUCGGCGAAUACCUUCCAAUGCUAUAAAAAUCAAUUUGUUGUUGAUCUGGAUGGAAUCGAUUUUGAAGGACAUCCAUUCAGAAGAACGUUUACGAUACAUUGUGAUGGUGAAAUUAGACCACCUGUGACCGCACCACCAGCCCCAUCCACUCAAAUAAUCACAACUGCUUCAUGGACAACUCCAAAACCGUGUGAUGCAUCCACUGCCAAAAUGGACAUCAUCAUAGCGUUCGACUCUUCUGAUACCAUUUCACAAGAAAUGUACUAUUCUACAAUCGGAGCUGUCAAAAAAAUUGGUAAUUCAAUAACCAUCGGACAAGACAAAUCCCGGAUAAUUGUUGGAACAUACGACGCUACAUCACAUUUCAAUGGGAACCUGAAUACCAUCGAUAGCUUCGAUAGAUAUCAAGAAAAAAUAGCUGACCUUUUCAGUUUGGGAUACACUGGAAUCAACGGAAACAAUGUUCAAUCCGUUCUUGACUUCAUUAUUGUUGAAAAUAGCACCGCCCCAUUACGCCAAGCUCCGGUUAGAAAAUUGCUUAUCCUUUUGAGUUCACAAGGAUGGGAUCAAGGAAACUUUGUGGAGGGAAAAGAGCAAGGGUUCCAGGAUCCUACAAAUUCUGCUCAGUCUCUUCAGAAGAUUGGUCUUGAAACGUUUGCGAUUGGCCUUGGAAAUACUGCAAACAUGUCUCAAUUAUCUGCCAUAGCGAAAUGCUCUACAAAAGUUAUGAGUGAGAGUGCUCUCUAUAACGUAGUUUUUCAAAUAAUUUCAAAUAUAUGUGGAACCAAUCCAGUCUGCUGA